AUGGCCUGCGGGAUAAAACGAGGCUCACAGGGCGUUUCACCAAAGGUAAGUGACAAAGUGGGAGGGUACAUUAUUAACAUCCGCGUGGUGCCACGACCGAGGGCCAACCUCGACGCGGGCGGAACAUCGAGUCAGAUUUCAAUGAAUACCGAGCCAUCAAUCUCAAUGUACGGGAGAUUAGGGUCAAAAUCCGGCCCGCACGGACACGGGGACAAGGGCGAGGGCGAGGAAGAGAGCAAGGAUGAGAUCAAGGACAAGGGCGAGGACGAGGAAGAGAGCAAGGAUGAGAUCAAGGACAAGGGCGAGGACGAGGAAGAGAGCAAGGAUGAGAUCAAGGACAAGGGCGAGGACGAGGAAGAGAGCAAGGAUGAGAUCAAGGACAAGGGCGAGGACGAGGAAGAGAGCAAGGAUGAGAUCAAGGACAAGGACGAGGACGAAACCAAGGGUGAGAUCUAG